AUUUCGACCGUUCUAUGAAUGGUAGUUUCGAAUUAUCAGAAUUAUUGGGAAUUGAUUAUACAUAUAUCGCCUUCUCGCAUGUAAUGUUUACGUCAGUUUACGUUUGCUUUUCUUGUGGGUAACUUUUGACAGCUGCAUAAAACGUUUAUCGACAAAAGGUAUAUCGCGCGCAAUAAUGAAUAAAACUUUGCAACAAUGCGCGUCGUUUUCGUUUGGACAUUUAUUUAUAAACGAGGUGACAUGACAUGCGCCAUGGAAAAUAGGACAGCAAUGGCUUAAAGAAGAAGAAAAGAGCAUCGCGCGUACAAUUCGCCGCUUCGGUUGUUCCGAUGCUCGGUGCAUCUUGCUAUGAUACUUUUCGCGUGGCCGAAAGUCGUUUUCUCCUGUUCGAACGUAACGUCUGUAAUUGUUCGGUACAUGUAGAAAAUAAAGGAAUUCAAAUGAGUCUGAAAUUCCAAUUCAAAUGUCACCAAAGCAACAGAGAACCCGUUCUCGAUUCAAGGUGAUAACUCCAUUUCGAUCGCUGGUUCUCUGUGGUGAAAGUAGACAAGAAAUGGAAGAUUGGUUGAACGCGUUAAGGACAGUAGCGGAGGCUCAUCCUCAAACGGAUACCGGUAUAGCAGAAAUGCUUAGCGGUAACCAUCAAUGGUAUGCGACAAGUCACGCAAGACCGACUUACUGCAAUGUUUGCAGGGAUGCCCUCUAUGGUGUUACUUCUCAUGGUUUAAGUUGUGAAAUAUGUAAAUAUAAAGUUCACAAACGAUGUAGCAUAAAAGCAAUAAACAAUUGCAAAUGGACUACAUUGGCAUCUAUCGGUAAGGACAUUAUCGAGGACCAAGAUGGGAACAUUACUAUGCCACACCAGUGGAUGGAAGGCAACUUACCGGUAUCCUCAAAAUGCUCUGUGUGCGACAAAACUUGUGGCUCUGUGCUCAGGCUUCAAGAUUGGAGAUGUUUGUGGUGUAGAGCUACGGUACACACAGCAUGCAGACCUGCCAUAAGUGUUAUAUGUCCAUUAGGACCAGCUAAACUAAGCGUAGUUCCUCCUACAGCAUUACACAGUAUAGGUAGCGACGAGGCUUGGGAAGCUAUUAGACCCACCGGCUGCAGUCCACUUUUAGUAUUUGUAAAUAGUAAAUCUGGUGAUAAUCAAGGCGUAAAAUUUCUUAGAAGAUUUAAACAAUUAUUAAAUCCAGCACAGGUGUUUGAUCUUAUAAAAGGUGGACCAGGGCCAGGGUUGAGAUUGUUCCGCCACUUUGACCCAUUUCGGAUUCUGGUGUGCAGCGGCGAUGGAUCCGUCGGUUGGGUUCUCUCUGAGAUCGAUCGUUUGGGGAUGCAUAAGCAGUGCCAAGUUGGAGUUCUACCUUUGGGAACGGGAAACGAUCUGGCACGUGUAUUAGGUUGGGGAUCUUCUUGCGACGACGAUACUCAUUUACCCCAGUUGUUAGAGAAAUAUGAGAAAGCAGGUACCAAAAUGCUCGAUCGAUGGAGUAUUAUGACGUUCGAACGUAGCAUAUCUUUGCCAUGUCAUAAAACUGCUUUGAGUCGAUCCGAGACAACUUUGAAAUCCAAUAUUGUCCAUCAAUACGAGAACAAUGUUAUUACUCACAUAACGAACAUUUUACAGUCAGAUCAGGACAACGUAGUUUUAUCUAGCAUUAAAAUUCUGUGCGACACAGUUAAAGAUUUUGCAACGCACAUAGUGGAAAAUAUAAACUCAGAGGACCAACAAGUGGAGGAAAAGUGUAAAAUACUUCAGGAAAAGCUUGAUUUGUUAUUACAAACGUUAUGCAAAGAAGAAUGUUUCUUAACCGAGCAUAUAGAAAAUGCAGAUAAUAUUACAUUAAACGCUGAAGUUUCUAUUUCACCUGACAGUUGUGAGAAAGGAGUAUUAGAAAAGCCAGAAAAAGAUAUGACAAACUUGAAAAGGGUUCAAAGAAAAAGACGUCUCAUGGAAAAAGAAAUUGUAAUGACAAGAGCAAAUAGCUUGAAAAGAAUUAUACGACAUCUCGUAGAAUAUUCACAAUUGACUGUCGACGAUCAGAUUAAUGUGGAUAUAAAACAUAUUGCUAAAUCAUCGAACACAACUACUUCGCUAGACGAUACUACAAUACUAAAUUCCGUAUCAAACAAAAAGCAACAAAUGGAUAUUCCCGGUUUGAAAGUGGACCAUGUCGAAAACUUAUCCAUAGGACCAUUUAUAGAAUCCCUGAAAAGUACAGAAGAUUCUAUAUAUACCCCUAGUCUUACUCCUAACCUGGCAUCUUUGAGUCCAAUGCUCGACCUUAGAAGAGAUUCUCAAUCAGAAGAAUUAUUAACGUUACCUGCUCCAGAUGGUUUUGCUGACACUAGACGAAAUAGUGAAAAUUCACCUCAAGGCUCGUUUAACUUUCAAGAUCUUGCAACUCAGUCCAUGACUAUAUACGGUCAGCAAGAAACUGAAAUUCAAGCUUGUAACGAUCAACAUAUAUCCGAAUAUAAUAACAUAGAAGCUUCUUCGGAGUUUCAAAUAAGUGUUACAAGAACUAACUUCGAUACAAGUUCACCUUCGGAUGAUGCUACUAUGCAAGACACCGUCAUUUCUCCUGAUUCAGAUUCGAUUCAAUCUAGACACAUAUCCCCGGAACACGAACAAAAGUUUGAAGAUAAAAGUAAAAUGGAUACACCUAGAGGUAGCUGUAGUAACAGUAUCGUUAGUACGGAUAGUAUGAUCUCUGAUACUUUGGACUUUAAGAGUUACGUUGUACGAAAUAGCGAAAGUGAAAUUGCUCGUAUAGGUAGCGAUAUAUUUGAUUCUACAAAGAGAUCUGACAGUUCUGAAAUCGGGCAUAUUGAUUCUCCUGACAAUUCGGACAUGUUUACCAGCGAAGUGCAAAAUUCUGAAAGUUUAAUCGACGAUUUAAGCUCUCUCGGACAAGAUUUGAUUAGCACGAUGAUCGGAGAAAAAUACGACUCAGUAAGAGAAUGCUUGGAAUCCGAGCACGUCGAGAAACCACAAAAAUAUUGCAGUUUAGCUCAAUUUGUAGAAGGCAACGAUAUCGCUAGACGGUCUUUUAAGAAGGAAACAAAAAAUUCCAUAGUUAUAGAGAAAGAGAAUAAUAAACUCAAGCAUAAAUUAGGAUUAACUGGACAAAAUACUAUCGAGGUUGCUAAAUCUAAAGAUUCUCCGGAUGGUAAAACAUCCGAUUUGUUGAGUCCUGUAUGCUGUUUUACCGUUUCUUCGGAUACUACUCCAACAAACGAAAAACCUAAUAAUUUUCCACCUACGAUUAGCGUUAUAAUUAAUCCUCCUAGUCCAUCGAUGUCGAUCGAAAGUCAACAUGAUUCAGACACAGGGUAUAAAAUGAGCCCUUACUUAAGACGGCAUAACGGCGAAAGUAUGGAGAAAUUGAGCGUAGAACUGCCAGAGUCGGGAUUCUCUCCUCAAGCAACUCGUCGAAUUAGCAGCGGGAGCUUACUGAAAGCAUCGGAAGUAGUUUCUUUGGCUGCUACGGCUGCAAGAUUCGGCGGUUCUAAUAUAAGUCUACGCCAUGAAAGAAUGAAAUCCGUAGACAAAACCGAGGAAGCUAAAAAACUACCAAUUAUCAAUCCAUUGGUUCAGUUAUCUAUGUGGCCAAACGUCAGUGGAGGAACAGGUCUUAUUAGUCAAGCGUUACUUGCAAAUGCAGAUGCACUUUGUGCUGCAGUAUCGCCAUUAAUGGAUCCCGAUGAAACUUUAAUGGAAGGCUAUUUCGAACGUUGCGUUAUGAACAAUUAUUUUGGAAUUGGUAUCGAUGCAAAAAUCAGUCUUGAUUUUCAUCACAAGAGAGAAGAACACCCUGAGAAAUGUCGAUCACGAGCAAAAAAUUAUAUGUGGUACGGUGUAUUGGGGUCCAAACAAUGGUUACAGAAGACGUACAAAAAUCUUGAACAACGAGUUCAGUUAGAAUGCGAUGGUCAACGGAUACCGUUACCUUCUUUACAAGGAAUCGUUGUAUUGAACAUUCCAAGCUUCAUGGGUGGCACAAACUUUUGGGGAGGCACGAAAGAAGGAGAUUUAUUUUUAGCGCCAUCAUUCGAUGACCGUAUACUAGAAGUUGUAGCGGUAUUUGGUUCCGUUCAAAUGGCUGCCUCGCGACUUAUUAAUUUACAGCAUCACAGAAUCGCACAGUGUCAAACAGUUCAAAUCAAUAUUUUGGGUGACGAAGGGGUACCUAUACAAGUCGAUGGCGAGGCUUGGAUUCAACCACCUGGUAUCAUACGUAUUAUACACAAAAAUCGUAUGCAGAUGCUUUACAGAAAUAGGGCUCUAGAGACAUCGUUAAAAACGUGGGAGGAAAAGCAGCGCAAUACGCUCAACGCAAUAUCCCAAUCGACGUCUACUUUAAGCAAUGCACAAUUACAAUCGCAGUCUAAGUCUCACUUAUACGCACAUAGUAAACCAUCGCACUUAAAUGACGAAGAAAUGUACAUUUUACUUGGAUUUAUCGAAGUAGUUACGACUCUAGUUAAAUGGGUCAAGUUACUCAUUAUAUCGCAUCCAAGUUUGGAACCCGAUUUAUACCAAGUCGCAGCUAGAACAGCGCAGGCACUCGAACAAGUGCAUCCCGAUGGAAAAAUAUUACAAGGCGAUAAUCUGAGACCCGUCGUAACGGAACUAGUCUCGAGCGCGAGACAACUUUACGAAGAUUCGUGUGAAUUGCUUCGAGAUAAAGCGCACAAUUUAAGAUUGCGGGAAGAUUUAGAAAGCAAGUUAUCGUUCUCUUUGGCCAAUAUGGAGCAAGAAUUGAAGAAGUGUACGUUCGACGAAGGGGGCACUGGGUUGGUAUAUUUCCAAACUUUGCCUACGGAUGAGCAGGGAGAUAAAAAGAAUCGUCACAAAGGUUUAUUCUGGUUGAAAUUCCGGCGUUCGGGAGGUAAUUCCGGUGGACAUCCCGCUAGGGAUCAAGUCACUAUGUGGGGCGUUCAAGAAGUGUGCUCCUGGUUGGAAAAUCUACAACUGGGCGAAUACACGGACAAGUUUGUUUCUCACGACAUACGAGGUAGGGAAUUGUUAACGCUAGCCCGUAGAGAUCUCAAGGAACUCGGUAUUACUAAAGUCGGACACGUUAAACGAAUAUUACAAGCCAUCAGUGAUCUGAAUGAUUAGAUAUACCAACGCGUACAUAAACGUUUCAAAUGACAAAAAUAAUUAGCGUGUUAUAACAGUUAACGGUUAUCCAUAAAUUUAAAUUUAUGUUACUGUCGUAAAAAAAUUAAAAAUUACUGCUAUCGAAAGUAGUAAUCGACUGUAUACAGAUCGUUUACAGAAUGCGUUGAGUAGACAAGAAAAUUUGUAAUUUUACGCGACGGUAAAAAUCAGAACAUAGAUAUUCCGAUAAAAUAGUAGUCAGUGUGACGGAGUAUCAUAGAAAGAUUAUUUUUUACGCUGAUAUACGUCGCAACUUGAUAUUACUUGUGCCAAACUAUUUAACUAACUCUACGUCAGAGGUAAAGUAAUUAUAAGGGAAUUAGAAGAAGACACGUUUGUUUCUUUUAAAACUAGAAGCAUGACUUAGUUAGAGUGUAUUUUAAUCAAACUCGCAUCUUAGAAUAUUACUAGACGUAGGGAACACGACAUCGAUGAUGCAUUUAUCGAACAAAUAAGAUUUAGACAUCAUCAGAAAUCUUAUUGAAUAAUGAUUUAAGUACAUUUGUUGCUUUAUGCAUUGUAUAAAAAUUAAAGACUUCAGGAACGAUAUGUUAAAGUAAAUUAUGUAUCAGUUCGAAAGGUAUUAAGCCAUUAUUUGCCACUUUUUUUUUAAAUAUUUAAUAGAUAUUAAACUAAAUAUCUCUGAAUAUUACUUCAAGUUUAAUCGAAGCAGUAUUAAUACAUUUUAAAGUUACACGUAAAUCUAGAUAUGAAAUAAUUACUGUCAAAUAUACAUAUAUCAUUUAUACAAGUCUAUUCUAUUUGUGAUUUAUAUUAAUUUACUUCGAUUUUAAUUUUACGUGCAAAAAAUAAAUAUGUAUAUGUAUGUGUACACAGUAUUACAUAUAAUACUAUGCAUACAUAUAUAUAAUAUGAUAUACAAAAAAAAAAGACAGUAUUUAUUACAGGGUGUUUGUAAGGGUAAACUACGUAUAUUACAAGCGUAAUAAGGAGUACUUACAAGUAAAUUAAUAUAUUAUGUCCUCUUAUGCUACGCAGAAAAGAAUUUUUUCUGUUAUUCAAUCUUAAAAUUCGAGUCGUAUAGAGGGUGUCCCAAUAGAAAUAACCAUUUUUAAUAUGCUCGCUAAUAUAAGUAGCAAUAAUUUCUUUCUUAGCAGAAACAUAAAAGAGAUUCGAAAAACAACUUUAUUCCUCUUAUGGAAGAUGUAACUUCUUGCGGUAGUAUUCGACAGAGUAUUGAAUUUUUCGAAUAAAACUAUUAAAGCUCAUUAAAAAUACUUCAAUGAUACAGGACGACCCAUUCGAACGGGACACCUUGUAUUUAUUAUCUACAUUAUACGAAAUAUACGUACGUAUACACAUACAGAAGCGUAUAUGCACAUUCGAAAUGAGAUCCUCUACAUACGUAUACAUUUAUCGAUAACACGCUAUAUAUAUGUAAGUGAUCUACAACUUUUUUAUGCUCGUUAAUUAAAAUGUUUAAUCGUAUCUAUCUUCUUAAAGAAAAAAAAAAUUGAAAAGUACUCAAAGACACGUUUUUAAUACAAAACAAUUAAAGGAAAGUGAAACUAUUGCAUAAAAUAAACUGAGAGUUGACGAUGACGAUGAUGAUGAUGAUAAUAAUAGUAAUAAUAACAAUAACAAUAAUAGUAAAGUAAACACGUGUGUAAAUUAACCGCCGAUGGCAAUAAAAGUAUCACGUACAAAUUUAAUGGAAAGAAAAAAGAGGAAACAAAUUUUUAAAAUGUAUCGUAAUAUCAAUGUUGUACUUCGUAGAGUACCCCCUCAUGAAAAAGGGGUUCGAUAUAACUCGCGGUUAAAUUAAACAUCGCAAAUACAAAAUUAUCUUAAACAGAAUAUUCGUUGAGUAAGAAUUAAAUCGACUCUGUUUACUAUAAUAUUUUCUGGCUAAGUUUUCAAAACUAGUAGAAAGCGUCGAGCUAUUCAUUAUUACUGUUACUGCUGUAGACGGAUGAAAAUUGGACGCUCAUUGGUCACCGAGGGGUUAAAUAUUUAUUAUACAUACCGUUUCGCUACCCCUGUUGCUUGAUCUCUUGUCUUUUCACGCAAACUUACAGGCACACCCUUUCCGUCUUCCAACAUAGGGAUAAGUUGUUAUGAUGUAAAAAAAAAGAAAAAGGACAAAAAUAAUAGGAGUAGCAUUUAACGUAAUUCGCAGUUGAGAAAGUGACCUUGAGCGGCCAAUACAGCUUUAUUCAAUCGAAUGCUAGCAAUACACAAGAUAGCCAGGUAUUUGGAAGCGAGGAAUUGCACUCUAAUAUGAAACUUGUCCCAGUUAAAUGGACUGCGAUCUCAUGAUUGAACAAUUGUACCGGUAUUUCAAUUUACCUAGACUUUCAAGCACCUGAGUAUCUUUGGUACUUAGUGUAAAUUACUAAUUUGUAAUUAUUAUUAACCCUGAACCUGCACAUGCAAGAAAAACAAUCGUUAUCUUUCAAAGACCUACCUAUUGGUAACUGCCUAUGACUGAAUCGUUCCAAGGUUUAGCAUCUCCUUAUAUAAGUACCUACCUUUGGCUUAUAUAUCUUCUCCCCUACGCUUCAGAGUAAAGCGGUAAAGGUUGAGGGUGCAUUAAACAGGAAAUUUCUUGAUUGAAGGUUCGAUUGCUUCUCACAACCUAAGGCAGGUACGGUUCGCUGAUAUCCAGGUCUCUUUUGUGUGCACUUACUUGUGACAGCAUUUUAUGCUGUCAAGGAAACGUUGAAACUUGUUUUUUCUCAGAAUUGUAUUGCAUCCAGAGAUACUUUUGAAUGGAGAUAGCAACUCUGAUAAUAUUACUUCCUUUUAAAUUUGAUGGUUUGUCUCUGGCCAAAAUUAUCUCUCUAUAUACAAUCGGACUUAAUUCUAAGAGAGGUGAGUUUCUACGUUUCCCUGUGAGUGUUUGUGUGUACAUAUGCGUCUGUUGUAUAUAUACAUACACAAUUGCAUGUAUAAGCAUACUCGAGUGUUCUGACAUGCAUGUGUAUGUCUGCUUUAUGUAUUUGUAUAUUCCUUUAUACAUUUAAUAUACAAUACCAUUAAUUCUGAUCAAAUGUCCUAUUAUCAGCUGUACUCGAAUCGAUUGGCCUCUUAAAGUUACCGUGGAGCUAUCGUCACCGUACCAUUGUGCUAUUCCGUAUAUUCGCUUCAUUCGUUGUGUUUGAGAGACAGAAAUGGAAACGAUAUAUUUAUAAUUAUCUGUCUCUCAAACAGAAAGGCAAUUUGGCAUAUCGAAAGUGGAGAUUGUGCCUGACAUGAUUCAGAAUUUAAAAAAAAAAAAAGUAAAAGUAACAGACCAAUCUUUUCUAUCUUGACUAUAAUACUUGAUUACUAUGUAUAUCUUAUCGUUGAUCUCAUUUUUCAUCGUUUAUAUAUUGCUUUAUAAAUUCUCUUGUUUUUUGUAUAUAUAUUCUGUUUAUUAUUGUACAGAACUACCACAAGCUACAUAAAUUAACAUUUAUAUAAUAUUUAUAUUUGGGACGAAUAUAAAUACAUUGAAUUUUAAUUUUCGAUAAGUAGAGAGAAUAAAAUAUUAUUAAGAUAGAAAGCAAAAACUGAAAAUAGUAACGCACCUUACAUAAUGAUUUAUAAUUGUGACUAGUCUUAUAUCGUAGUAUGUAUCUAUGAGUUACUUCUACAUGUAAAAAAAUAAGGUUGUAGAGUAGAUAUUAAUUGUUCCAAAUUUUAAACUUUUUUUUUACAGAUAUUACUUCAUCUAAACGAUAAGAAAAUUUCUUUAAAUAAUUCUGUUAUUCUUUCUUGCAAAAGGAAGAUGAAUAGUAUUUUACAUGUUUCGAUAUGGUAUUCUGAAGAAUAAAAAACAAAAGAGUUAAUCUGUCUCUCGAUGUUACAUUCCUUUUGUAAUAUAAAUUUUAGAAUAAAAUGUCAGUAAUGUAACCUUGAAACUUUUCACAAUUAUACAAAUUGACGUCAUAUUUCGUUUGGUAUAUCUUGUCAUUUUGAAUGUUAGUGAAUGCUCAAUAUAUACCACAAAAAUUAGUCGAUUCCUUCGUAUAUACAUAUUUGCAUUCCAACGUCAAACCACAAGGACAAAAGUGCCUAUCUUAGAUUUUCUAAUCUUGAAUAUAUGGAUGGUAUUUACUUAACAGACGUUAUAAUAUACUAUCUUCAAAAUUAUAUUAUGCAUUCCAUGUUGUAUAUUUAAUAUUGUAAGUAACAGUGGAACAUAUUAAAUAAUUUGCAUGUGAUAUUUAUUUAGGAUUCUACCAAAAAUUAUAUGUUAUAUUUAAGUAAUAAUCUGCAUUUAAAUUACAAUAACGUGUAAUUUAAAACUUUUACCAAAUUAUAUACAUCUAUCAAAAGUAAAUCAUAAUUUAUUUUGUGAUUACCGUAUGAGAUUUUCAUCUGAAGUAAAUUACAUUUAUUUAAUCUAUAUUCUGAAUAAUCUGAAUUCGUAUUAUAAGUACAUACAUAUUUUCAAUUAUGAAUUUUGAUUCCUAAUUGUUAAAUCUAUCAGUAUUAUUUAUUUCCAUUCCUUUUUAUUAUCAGAGAAUGCCAAACAUUUUUACUAAAAAUACAUUAUUUUUCAUAUAUCAUGAAAGAUAUUUUACCACAUGUUUUUGGUAAUUUAUUAUUUUUAUUAACGUUUGAUAAGAUCAUAUAUAAAAAGUUUCAAGAUAUACAAUAUUCUUAUGUAAAUUGGGACAAUUGGUAUAUUAUAUUUUUUCUAUGACCAUAAUAAAUACAAAAAUUAGAAUGAAAUAAAUAAAAAAAAAGGAUUAUAUUAAAUACAGUCUACAGAGAUAGUUACUUCAUAUUAAGACAUGAAGUAUCUCGUAAAUUAUUAAUAUCUCGAAGUAUAUUGUGGCAAUAUUUAUUUAGUUCAAUGAAAAUAAUAAUAAAUAAGUAAAAAUCAUUGAUAAUAUUUUAUUUAACACAUUAACGUAAUGUUACUAUGAAAAUAACCAAUUAAAUAUUAUAAUCUCUUGUAUUUAACAUUUAACUAUUGUGGAUUAUUUUAAUAAAUUGCAUUAAUAUACAUUUAAUAUAUAUAUAAUAAAUAUUUGUAAGUAAAAUAAAUAUGAAAAUAUCACUUUCUAGUAAACUAUAAAUGUAGAAACCUAGAAACAAGUAUGUUGUUUUUCUAAAUAUAUUGCUCUGCUUAAUCUGAUUCUAUUUUUAAUAUUAUUGUCUGAACUUGAAAAUAAUAAGUCAAGCAUCCUCUCGUAACAUUAAAAGUAAAAAAUUUGUUUCCUAUUAAUUUCAUUUACGCGAUAUAUGUAUUGUUUUUUUUUUCUUUUUUGUAACGCAUAUAAUUUAAUACGUUACUAAAAUGAAAUAGUUAGAAAGUAGUAGAAGAAUGUUACGAAUGUCAGAAGUAGCAAAACAAUGUCUAAAUAUAAUUCUAAAUAUAAUUAAUUCACUUAAUGCUUUUUUAAUUUGUGUAGUUAUGUAAUCAACAAAGUAAUUAUGUUUACAAAUGCACGAAUUUUACAUAAUUCUUAAUGAACCAAUACUAAAUAAAGUAGCGAACAUUUAUGUCACUCUUACUUUAGGUUUACAAAGUAUUUAAACUGUGAUAAAUGACUCUGUAUAAUGAUAUACUAUAUUAUAUUGUUACUAUUUACAAGUUAACGUGGUAUUAAUAUUGUAAUAACGGUUAUUAUAUUUGUAUAACUCGUGUACUUUAUUUCAUGAGUGUAACAAAACUUGUAUACUUCGUAUUUAUAUUUUCAGUUAAUACUGUAUUUAUAUGUCGACAUACUCGAUCUUUAUACGAUUACAAAUUUUAAUUGCAAAGCGUAUUAGUUUUAAAAUUAUAUUUGAGUAAGGAGUAAAUUUCUUUCGGAAUUAAUUGAUUUAUUAUGUAUAUAUAAUUGAUUUGUAUUUUUAUUUCAAUCGAUAAUGAACUUUUAGUUCGAGUUAAAACUUAAAUGUUCCUUGGGAAACUACACCUUACGCAUCAAGUAUAAUUACAUUAGUAUUUCCAUUCUUAUGAUUUAGGUCAGGGAUAGGAAACUUAGGGCCUUUUUGUAGACCAAAAACUCAUUUGCUCGUUUAUGAUUUUGUAAAAAAACAAAAAUAUAUUAAUUCACAUUUAGAUCUACAUCUCUUUUCCACUUCUGUCAAAAUUGAUUGACAUGCCUCCUUUCAAUCCCAAAAGGUUCUCCUCCCCUGGCCUAAUUAAAUAUUAGAGAAACUAAUUUAUAUCAAUCAAAUUAAAGCUAAUUAUUGUACCUUUACGACACGUAAUGUAGUAAUUCGUAUAAUCGAUAAUAUAAUUUGUAAUUUCAUUUCCUAUAGGAAUAGUAAAUAAUUUAAUUUAUCGAACUAUAUUUAGAUGUCUUUUUCACUAUAAUUAAAUUAAAAGUUACAUAUACGAUUAGCGGGAGACGUUUUGCGAGCGUAAUUUCCACGAAAAUGCUGCAGAAAAUGUGUGUAUUGCGACUUAGGCGAAGGAAGAGAAAUAGAAAUAAAAUAUUCUCUAUCAAAAUAAUACCAUCGAAAAUUUCAUCGUUUAUACCAAUUUAUACAUUUACAAAUGAAAGAAGUAAUAGGAACUGUAUGUUAAACGAUUGUUCAGUUUAUAAGUUAAUAUCUUAUAAAUUUAUUUACGGGUAAAUGACUGAAUGUAUUUAUGCACGAUCGGUCGUCAUUAUUGUCCUUUAAAAUUUUACCCGCGCAGGUAGCUGGUCCUCAAUCGUGAGAAGUGGGUGGGGAGUGGAUGCGUGCGUAUAGUUUUUCUACAGUCCUACGCAGUCUUACGCGGAACGCGAACGAGAAUUGGUCGUCGCC